CCGCCAAUGAGCGGCGCGCCUUUCUGCCCGGCGUCAGUGGGCGUUUUGCAUGGCUGCUGGUCGGCUGGAGCGGAGCGGCUGCAGCCUCCGAAAUGCCCCGGAGCGCCUGGCUGAGCUGCUGGCUGUGCCUUUGCUCGGCUGUGCACGGUUUACGCAUCCAGCAGUAUCUCUAUUUCCAAGUGCUGAGCCCCGGAGACAUCCGCUACAUCUUUUCCGCCACGCCAGCCAGGGAUUUCGGAGGGGUGUUUAACACGAGAUACGAGCAGAUCUACCUGGUACCUGCGGAUCCUCCCGAAGCUUGCGGUGACUUGAACAACGGUGUCUUCGUCGAAGGCCAGAUCGCCUUAGUGGAACGCGGGGGCUGCUCGUUCCUGUCCAAAACCCGCGUCAUCCAAGAGCACGGGGGCCGUGCUGUGAUCAUCGCCGACAACGCCUACGACAACGACAGCUCUUACGUGGAGAUGAUCCAGGACAGCACCAGCCAGACGGCGGACAUCCCAGCCCUCUUCCUCCUUGGGAGAGAUGGGUACAUGAUCCGGCGUUCCUUGGAGCAACAUGGACUCCCAUGGGCCGUCAUUUCCAUCCCCGUCAACGUCACCAGCAUCCCGACUUAUGAACUCAUGCAACCCCCGUGGACUUUCUGGUAGUAAAGGAAAGACCCUGCUUUUGGACAAACCUAGGACCGAAAAAGCCUCUCCAACAGAGAGGAGGGGGGUCAAGACUCUGUACCCCAACUCUGCUGGAACAGAAGCAAGUGGGGUUUUUGUCCUCUGUAGUCUUCCAGAAGUCAUACUUUCCGAUA